UGUACAAAAAAGUGGUUGAGGUGUUUUUGUUUUUAAUGUGAUGGUUGUGAAUGAUCACCACUCAAACACCCGCAUGUUUUUGAUAACUGUCAAACAAGUAUCUGCUGAGGCGGUGGUAAGAUAAGCAACUUUAAUCGACGCUAAACUCUGGCUGAUGGAUGAGCGGGUUUUAGACUUAUUUGGCUCAGGAAAUGGACAAGGUUCUGGAUGUCAAGCUGUUGGGUCUGUUAAAGCUGGAAAUGGCUUUGGGUUAGCGCCCAAAAAGCCUUCGUUGAAAAGUAACAAGAAAGCAAAAGCCCGGUUUGCUCGAAACUUCAAGCCAAGCAACAACACUCCGUAUCUACCUCCAGAGGCUGAAGAGGGAAACAUAGAGUAUAAGCUGAAGCUGGUGAACCCGACGCAAUACCGCUUUGAGCAUCUGGCCACACAAAUGAAAUGGCGUUUGCAAGAGGGUCGUGGCGAAGCAGUCUAUCAAAUUGGCGUUGAGGAUAAUGGCAUGCUUGUGGGACUGUCUGAUGAAGACAUGUGCGCUUCAUUGAAGACCCUCCAUAGGCUAGCAGAGAAGGUCGGCGCUGACAUCACUCUUCUCAGAGAGAGAGAGGUGGACUAUGACGCUGACAUACCUCGUAAGAUUGCUGAAGUUCUCAUUCGCAAAGUGCCAGACAACCAGCAGUUCUUGGACCUGCGAGUAGCUGUACUGGGUAACGUGGACUCAGGAAAGUCCACUCUGCUGGGUGUUUUGACACAAGGAGAGCUGGACAAUGGACGGGGGCGAGCAAGACUGAAUCUUUUCAGGCAUCUCCACGAGAUCCAAUCGGGACGCACCUCGAGCAUCAGCUUUGAGAUCCUCGGCUUUAACAGUAAAGGGGAGGUUGUGAAUUACAGCGAGUCCCGGACAGCGGAGGAGAUUUGUGAGAGCGCCUCUAAAAUGAUCACGUUUAUUGAUCUGGCUGGUCACCACAAAUACCUGAAGACCACCAUCUUUGGGCUCACUGGCUACUGUCCUGAUUUCGCUAUGCUGGUCGUCAGUGCGAAUACUGGCAUUGCCGGUACAACACGAGAGCAUCUUGGGCUUGCCAUGGCUCUAAAGGUGCCUAUAUUUAUCGUCGUCAGUAAGGUGGAUCUGUGCACGCAGACCACUGUGGACCGAACUGUGCGUCAGCUGGAGCGCGUGCUGAAGCAGCCGGGUUGCAACAAAGUGCCUAUGGUCAUCCACAGCACAGACGACGCCGUCACAGCAGCACAACAGUUUGCCCAGUCACCCAAUAUCACGCCUAUAUUCACAUUGUCCAGUGUGUCUGGAGAAAGUCUGGACUUGCUCAAGGUCUUCUUCAACAUCAUCCCUCCCCUCAGCAACAGCAAGGAGCAGGAGGAGCUUAUGCAACAGCUCACUGAGUUUCAAGUGGAUGAGAUCUACACAGUGCCUGAAGUGGGAACUGUGGUGGGCGGUACUCUGUACAGUGGUAUUUGCCGUGAAGGAGAUCAUCUCGUGGUAGGACCUACAGACUCCGGCCAGUUCCACAACCUGAUUGUUGGAAGCAUACAGAGAAACCGCUCGGCAUGCAGAGUCCUGAAGGCAGGUCAGGCUGCUACACUGGCCCUGGGGAACUUCGACCGGUCACUACUACGCAAGGGUAUGGUGAUGGUGAGUCCAGAGAUGGAUCCUACUAUCUGCUGGCUGUUUGAAGCCGAAAUCGUGCUGCUCUUCCACACCAAGACCUUCCGCAAAGGCUUUCAGGUUACGGUACACAUUGGCAACGUGAGACAGACUGCAACAGUGGAAGCAGUACACGGCAAGGAGGAGUUGCGGACAGGCGAAAAGGCGGUGGUUCGCUUCAGGUUCAUCAAGCACCCAGAAUACUUAAAAGUGGGAGCUAAGCUGCUCUUCAGACAAGGUGUGACCAAAGGUAUCGGGCACAUCACCAACUUGCAACCAGUCGCCCACUACCAACCAUCAUGCAACGGAGAUGAGGCAGUGUAGAGCACAGUGGCGUUUUGUGUACAGUCUUUGUCUUCAUUCAGAACCUUCCUCUACAAAUCAUUGUUCUGAUCCGUGCACAUUAAGACACUUUUCACUGCCCGGUCUUCACCAGUAUCCUUCCAUAUGAUGUUUUUCAGCUUUUUUUUAACAAACUGUUCAUGUUUUAAUAAGCUUUCAUGUGUCGAAUGUUUGAGUGUUGUGAUUUGUGACUGAUACGAGCCAACGCCAUCAUAUGUUGUGCAGCAUUAUUUUAUGUGAAGCUGUCAAGAGCAGUUUCAGCGCAGGUUCUCAUAUGUUGAGGAACUUGCUUUCUCACACCUUCACUUAAGUGCUCCUUAACAUAGUUAAACCUGACAUGCAGUUCUCGAACCACUUGCACUGAAGCAUACACUCAACUCAUGGAACAUAGCGUUAGCGUAUAGUUUACAUGUUCACAAAUUUUAAAGUGUGAGAUGUUUGAACAUUAGGGUGUAACCCAUUUCACCAGAGUGCGUGUUCCACCCAGAAUGGUGCUUACUUAGUUUAACAAAG